GGGAUCCAGCCAGAACAAAGACAUGUGGCGGAUCGGCAUUAUUCUGGACAACGACAGCUGAAUAACGGCGGCAGACUUUCCUCGGGCUAUUUAGCCAUAGAUAGCGAAAUAAUGGCGCAUGGUGACUUCGCAUCCGCCAAUGCCAUGUUACCGUCGGUGUUGCUACUGAUAGUGAUGGCGCGCGAAAACAAUGUGUGAUCUUCAUCCUUCGAAAUAGAGAUGUUUGAUGUUACGACUAUAAUGUGAUAUUUGGACGUAGCACUUCGAGAGAACUCGAAGGGCCUGCAGGAUCGGUUAGGACACACCGGAACAAAGAUGUGUUGAGUAAAAUUGACUGACUACUCGGGAUCGACUGUGACAAGUGACUUAGUUAUAUCCGAAUAAUUGCUUUACAUGUCUAUAGGUGGAUAAUUUCUUUUAUGGAUAAUUGCGCAUAAGGUGUGCACUAUAAGGGAACGUAAUAUAUGAAGUAUAGAUGAAAACGGCGCGCUUGUCAAUGUGGAUCGAAGCUGGAUUAUCAAUGGGCUGUUCGCUGGACACCAAUGGAUACUUGACAACUGGGUCUCUCUCUACAGGUUACUAAAUAAUAACAGAUAAAGGUGUCCCCGUCGAAUUCGAAGGAAGCGCCAUCAAGACAUGAUACAGGAGAUAAUUCAUCAAGCUAUCUCUAGAAGUCAGCUAUGCUGAGAGAAAAGAACACAGAAAAAUGUCAACAGUGGGCUCUCGAGUCAGCUGCUGAAAACAGUUCGGCUACCGGUGAAGACCGUGCGUCUCCGCUUGAACAGUCCCCCGAGUAACCUUCGAAGACUAAGGGAGUUACUUAAAAGGACAGUAAUCAUUACGAGGUUCCAGUCGCAUGGCUUGAAGGGUCAAACUUUUAACCCACUCUCAGCUUGGUAGUAGUCGCAAAACGUUGUUUGGGACCGAAAACAGCCCAUCAGGUCGUUCGUUGUUCCUGAUCGAAUCGACUAUUCGCUAGGAUGGUCAGCCAUGCCAUUGAAUAAAAUUGGCCCAGUCAUUGACAAGGAAUAUCGGAAAAAUGAAACGAAGGGCCGCGUCAGUCGAGGAGCGGUCCAGACGCCGCGCGGGUCGAUGGAACCUCCGGAUGCAGCGACGGAGGAGAUUGCGCGAAAAACAUCGCUUCAACCUUCGGUGCUUUCCAUCAACGAUACGAUCGGUUCAGACCGUGACAUGUGUAGAAUUUGCCAUUGUGAAGGCGAUUCCCAGUUGCCCUUGAUUUCACCGUGUUUCUGUUCGGGCUCACUCAAGUUUGUCCAUCAAGCGUGUUUGCAACAAUGGAUAAAGUCAUCCGACAUCAAAUGUUGUGAACUCUGCAAAUUUGAAUUCAUUAUGAACACUAAGCUUAAGCCCUUCACAAAGUGGGAACGUCUGGACAUGAGUGCCAUCGAGCAGCGCAGGGUCCUGUGCCAAGCAACCUUCCAUUUAGUUGCCAUUACGUGUAUUCUUUGGUCGUUAUAUGUACUUAUUGAUCGCACGUCAGAAGAAAUGCGUGAAGGACAGCUUGAUUGGCCUUUCUGGACCAAACUCAUCGUCGUCGCUGUAGGAUUUACAGCCGGUUUAGUGUUCAUGUAUGUUCAGCUUCGAACAUACGUACAGCUGUUCCAACGCUGGAAGGCUUUCAACCGUAUAAUAUUCGUGCAAAAUGCACCCUCGAAAGACAAGGAUCUGCCCACGGCACGCGAUCUAAUGCCGGUCAACAUUGUUAUACCGGACACAGUAGAUUCUCGCCCGCAGCAGCAUCAGCAGCAGCAAAUUCAACAACAUCAGCAAAUCCCGACUGCGAAAAGAUCUUGCGAUGAAACCAGUUGUACGUCGCCAAUUUCCGAGGACUUUAAUGCCGAAUUGAGCAGCCAGGGCACGAUACCUCCAGACGAGCCCAAGCCCCCGUUGUAGUAAUAUGACUAUACAGGGAUCGAUAUAUAUAUACGAGACCAUUGAUUUCGAAGUCCUGUCUUUUAUACUUGGAAAGGAAAUUAAAAGAAGGAAGAGUCUAAGCUAAUGCGAGUUCAAAUUUUUCACAGUAACACUAUAGCUCUCCUAGCUAUCGUCGCCUGUUUGUCGUUCCCGAUCAGCUAAAACUGUGCACAUAUAGGGAAUGGAAUUACAAGAGAUGCACACUUAUGAAAAGAUUCAGCUGCGUACAAUGAAAAUCCAAUCGCUUGAUGGCUAUCCUAGUGGGGCGUUAGUCAUGUGGGCAAAUUUGAUGUGCAACCUUAACGAGUUCACACCACAUAUUUGGAAGAGCGUGGAAGGCGACAGGUACUGUGAAUGGCUCUGGCCGUAUUUAAUAGCCAUUUUUUCUGUUCCGAAAGGAUCGAAUGAGUGAAUUAACACGCCAAAUAGGCUACCGAAGCAACCUACAUGCCAGCAUUAGUAUCAUAAACUUACUAAUAGCGUCAGUGAGUUACUCAGCGAAACACGGUACUAUAUUGUCACGUUUCGCCAUGUAGUGACUUAACUUUAUAGUAACUAAAAAAAAGCGAGGGGGAGAGAGAAGCAUUGCGGGACUCUUUGUGUCAGGAAAGCCCAAAUUCAGCCAGGGGUCGGCUUUAGCAGCUGGGAGCAAUUGGCUAAAUGGAUAGCGAUCCCUUAAGAACAAUAAGAACAACAGUGCCUAAAAGAUAAUCUCGAGUUACGCAGCUAAAUAAUUCGAAGAAAACUCGGUUAGGCAUAACAAUCAGUGGCCAGCGGAUACCGAUGAUCAAACUGGAAUAUGAAAGCUUUUUCUAGACAUCUACCUAGGAAUUGAUGAGAAGGAAUGAAAUAAUGAGUACAGUUCGUUGAUAGAGACGCAAGUAUUAGUAGGGCGGAAAGAGAAGCCUCAUACAAAACAAUACGUUCUCGUGUUUCAUAUGAACGAAUGCUGAUAUACCUACUACAAAUUAUUCAUUAAUAUCCGCUCUCAAAAGUCUUACAAUGUGGCACUUCGUUCGAUUUUUGUUGUCCUUUCUUCUUCAAAAGAAUUUCCAACAUACAUUAUUUCAAGAUAUCUAGGCUUGAUUAAUGCUGAUUUGAUCUCCUGAACUUGUACCCGUUCUGGUAAAGGCUAAAUGUUGGAAGAUCCCUAAUCGAAUUCCUUUGUGUGUCAGAGAGCCCACGAUUAUCCUGCAUAGUCAAUGCUAGAGCAACAAACGUCGACAUCAACGAAUGUUCGUAGAUGAAGAUACAUGUACAUAGAUAUGCACAGUUGACAUUUUGAGGAAAGUAGAGCUUUCUUCCUGCUGAAAGAACAUGAACCUUGAAUCAUUUUCCCAAUUCUAUUUCAAUUUUUUCACAUGUAAAACUACUUCGAUCAGGCAUGACAUUCCCCCGAGCUGCUGAUAUAUUCAGGUAUAUACCAUAUAUACAGUAUGUCUCAACGGUGGAUUCGCUGGGACCCGGAAUAGAGAAGCUCUAUAUGCCACUAAAAGGUUAUUGACUUAUUUCAGCGUUGUAGAUAUAUCAUUAUUUUUAUUAUUAUUAUUGUUAACAGUAGUCUGCCUUUGUAAGCAUGGAUCUAGUCGAAGUACAGCAUGUACACUACGAUGCAAAAAGCUGUCAUAUUUUUCGCUGUUUUGAUGUAUGUACCUAAUGUAGGAAAGAGUUUAGUAUUAGUAUAGUGGUACUUUAGUUUUAGUGACCUCCAUGCUGUAUCGUUCCCAUUGGCAAUGAAAUAAAGCCCGCAGGGUAAAGAAUACAGGUUGGUUUAGCAAGAUCAGCGGAGUGUCAAGAUAAUAAUAAUAAAAUUCUAUUAAAAGCGGCCAUAGUUGGGAUAAAAAAUUGGAGAAAAUUUCAUUAUAUGCAUCUGGACAACAAAUGGCUUAAUAAACGGAUAAAUACAAAUGACAAUGGGAACAUACAAUUGAAAAUAUGGCAAACCAGGGCCGCAUUAUAUAUAUAUAUAUCCAGAAUUCACGAUCUAUAUUAUUGCCAGUUUCCGAAAACUCGAAACUUAGUCAUAUGGCACAAAGAGCCAUUUCUGAUAUUCAGUAUAUUCGAUACAGAAAUAAGAUGUUUCCGAGACGAUAGUAUCUAUUGUUACAUGGGCAGCUCAAAUGAGCCCCAGCGAUUAGUCUUUUUGGAGUUUUGAAUUUUUAGGGCUUUAGCCUAUUACAAACCAAAACUAUGAAUAUGAUCCAUAUUUUUGUGGCCGUUGUGUUAAGCGAAAUUUCGAUGAGUGUACGCGGUUCACGGUUAGUAGGUUAAAAAGUUCUUUACAAACGGAAUUUGGAUGUUACAUUAAUGUCUCUGUUGGCACAUACACGACAUUGCUUUGAAAUGUCUGUCUUUGUUUAAAUACGCUUAGAUUUUGUUCCAGUAAUAUAUUUAUAUAUAUAUAUAUAUAUAUAUAUAUAUAUAUAUAUAUAUAUAUAUAUUACUGGAACUUAGAUGGAAUAUAUAUAUAUAUAUAUAUUGGUACCGCUGGGGCCAAGAGAAAUUUGGAAUCGGUUCAAGUGGCUGUUUACUUAUCUACACUCCCGUAAAGACAAGCAAAUAGCGUAUUUUCCAACGCGAACAAAUAAUAGGUUUGCAUUGUCAUUGGCUUUAUAACUGUGUAUUGAAAAAUUAGUCUUUAAAGAACAGUAGCAGCUUUGGAAGACCUCUAAAAAGAGUGUAUCGGGUUACGACCGAUACUGACAAAAAAGUACAAAUGAACUCUAAUAAAGUUGUGUUCAUUUCCAUUGUAGGUCCAUACAUGGGAGGGUAAUUCUAUAUUUGUAAAUAACCUAUCAGGGGCUCAAGAAAGCUAGUCCCACGUCGCGUAAAGCUUCGCUUUACACAAGUGGAUUAAAAAAUGGACCAGAAGAAGAUAUGUCUUACGAGAUAGAUGGAAAACAACUUAUGAAAUAAAACACACUAAUGCUUCUGUACAUGUCUGUAUUAUGGUAUAUAAAUAUGAGGAACCUAAAGUACGUUUUUAUACCUGUAUAACUGUGUUAGUUGAUCUUUGCAAAGAAAAUAUGAAUUAAUGAAAAAAAUUAUCAUAGCGAAGUGUCACUGAGCGGUUCGGGUCUCAUUAGAAGCCACGUGUAUGAGUGCGAAAAAACACAUGCCUAUCAUGUGACUGACUUAAGAAAACAGACCUGGAUCAGACGAUUUGUGGAGUACGUGUAAGUAAGUAAACGAGUGCGUGUUCUCAUAUGCCGCAAUGGGUGAUGUGAAAAUAUAUUACUAUUAAGCAAGCAGUUUCGGCUAGAACCCUAUUUAAGGUAGGCCAAUAGCAGCUAGUCCUUGCAACAGGUGCACAAUCAGAAUCGCAAUUUAUGUAGAGGCAGUAAAAAAAUCUCAGAAAAUCAUGUAAACAUCUAGAGGAAGUUGAGCGAUUGAGUCGGGAUGUAUAAUACUGAAUAAUCAGAAAACGCAAGAAACGAAAAAUUCAAAAAAGAUCACUAGCUGAGCUUAAGAAAAAUUAUAACGAUAACUUUUAGCAAGAUGCAGAACACCUAUUGACAAUUUGCUUGUGCAAAUAAAUGGAUGCCGCGCGUCAAUGUAUUGACUCAUAGAACUAUAUCACUGUUAUUUAUACCUGUAUGUAUAGUGUAUUUCCAUAAAGUACUUGGAGACGCAGAAUGUCCAAUGUGCUCAUCUAAUAACAAACAUUUAAACAAAGGAAUAACAACAGAAUGGUCGGCACAAAAGAGAACAUUUCCGAGGCAUAUAGGGAUAAAAAGGUUGGAGAAUUAUUUUUGUUCAAACAGUUUUGGCUGCCUGAGCAAGAUGAUCAGGUGACGCCUAUCCAUUACAACAUCUAAUGGAAGUUGUAUAAUAAUAAUAAUAUUACAAUAGCAGUAUAGAAAGUUCGCAGUUAUUCACUCUAAGCUAUUAAACUAUUAAGCUAUAUUUAACUAUUAAACUAUAAAGCUAUUAUUUAAAGGUAGUUAAACUAAAGACAAGAAUAACAAAUAUAUAUAUAAUUAAAAUAAAAAGUGUAAAAUAAGGAAGAUAAAAAUAUCAAUGACGAUACACAAAGAGACCAGAGAAAAAGCAUCAUUAUAGCAAUCCAUGCGGGAUCUUCGAUGUCUUUCAUGACAUCGAUGCCAUGGAAAAAUGUGAGAGAAAAUCUAAAAACAACUACAUAGCAGAAUGUAGAGCGGAAACAAAAAAAAAAUCACGUAACUUGGUGGUCAAUUUUUCUUCUUACUUCCGUUAUGGUUGGCUAGACAAACUGUGAUUAGGCUUGGAAAAAAUGUUUGGUUGAAUGGUAACAAAGCAAAAAAGCAAAUUUACUGCAUCAUCUUAUUGCCAUGAGUUACCUUAUGCAGCGCAUAUAAUGAUAUAGAUAGUAUGAUAUGCUACUACAAUAAUAUUAAUAAGAAUAGUAAGAAAAUACUAUACGGUGGUGACAAUGAUGAUGACGUGAUGACACUAAUAACCGUAAGUUAUUUUUAUUCUAUUACAAUCGUCACUUAGGUAGCGCAACUUUUUUCAAUUGACUAACUGACCUGGUGAUGGUACUGAGAAUUGUGUAUUAAUCAAAAAUGCUCCAUUUGAUAAAGAUUAGUGUCAACAAAUAGAAACGAAGCAUUCGAUAAGAAUACAGAAACAUAAUGUCUAAACAACAAACGCGUUGCUAAAUCGUAGAGUCGAAUACAUGGGCAAUGCGAGAACUGGGCUAAUGGCACACGAAAAACAAGGUAAUAAGAAUGAUUGUAGAAAUGAUAAUAUGCCAACAACCAUUGAUUUUUUGUGAUGUACACAUCCGGGGGACAGCCCCGCCCAUAGCCGCUAUCUUGAUCAUUAUG